UCAGAUUCAGUUUUAUGAUUAGUCUCAGUUUAAUGUUUUUAGAGAUAAAAAGCGUCGCUUAACAGUCCUCUGCAUGCAGGAGCCUUCCUGAUUCCCUACGUUCUGAUGGCCAUUUUUGGUGGCGUGCCCCUCUUUUACAUGGAGCUGGCUCUGGGGCAGUUCCACAGAACCGGAGCCAUAUCCAUAUGGAAACACAUCUGCCCCAUUUUUAAAGGUAUAGGAUAUGCCAUCUGCGUCAUCGCUCUGUACGUGUCCUUCUACUACAACACCAUCAUCGCCUGGGCCCUCUUCUACUUCUACUCCUCCUUCUCCAGCAACUUGCCUUGGACAAACUGCGACAACGUGUGGAACACCCCUGACUGCACCAACUACUUUGGCACGGACAAYGUCACUUGGACCAACUCCUCCCGGUCUCCAGCGGAGGAAUUUUACACGAGAAACGUCCUGGAGAUCCACAAGUCGUCGGGGCUAAGGGACGUCGGGGGAGUUCGCUGGCAGCUCAUGCUCUGCCUUUUUCUCAUUUUCACCAUAGUUUACUUCAGCCUCUGGAAGGGAGUGAAGACAUCGGGGAAGGUUGUGUGGGUGACCGCCACUUUGCCCUACAUCGUGCUCUUCAUCCUCCUGAUUCGAGGCGCCACUCUGCCAGGAGCCUGGAGGGGAGUGGUGUUUUAUCUGAAACCUCAGUGGGACAAGCUGCUGGAGACCAGUGUGUGGGUGGAUGCUGCUGCUCAGAUCUUCUUCUCUCUGGGUCCGGGCUUUGGAGUCCUCCUGGCUCUCUCCAGCUACAACCCUUUUACAAAUAACUGCUAUCGUGACGCCAUCGUGACCAGUUUGGUGAACUGUCUGACCAGCUUCGUGUCGGGCUUCGUCAUCUUCACGGUUCUGGGCUACAUGGCAGAGAUGAGGAAGGUAGAAGUUGAGGAUGUUGCCAGAGAUAAAGGACCAAGUUUACUCUUCAUCACGUACCCGGAGGCGAUCGCAAACAUGAUGGGUUCUACUUUUUUUGCCAUCAUCUUUUUUGUGAUGAUGAUCACCCUGGGCCUGGACAGCACGUUUGGAGGACUGGAAGCAAUCAUCACGGCUGUGCUGGAUGAAUACCCAGAUUAUUUCUCUCACCGGCGGGAACUUUUUGUUUUGUGCUUGGUGGUGGUCUGUUUUUUGGGCUCUCUAAGCACCUUGACUAAUGGUGGUGCCUAUGUGGUGAAGCUGCUGGAGGAAUUUGGAGUGGGAUGCUCUAUUAUMGCAGUUGGUUUUCUUGAGGCCAUUGCUGUUUCCUGGUUCUAUGGAAUCAACAGGUUCAGCAGUGACGUUCAGGCAAUGCUGGGCAAAGCCCCGGGAUUAUUCUGGAGAGUCUGCUGGGUCGCCAUAAGUCCGGCCUUUCUGGCGUACAUCAUCGUGAGCUCCCUGCUGAAAGCUCCGCCCCUCGCCCUGUUUGAUUAUAAAUACCCGGACUGGAGCAUCACAGUUGGCUACAUCAUCGGCUUGUCGUCCUUCAUGUGGAUCCCCAUCUACAUGGUCUACAAGCUGGUGUGGACCCCCGGUUCUCUGAAACAGAGGUUGGCGGUGUGUCUGAGACCGGAGCGGACCAUCCCUGACGUCCACACCGACAGCCUCAACACGGCCGCCGCGGCACAGAAAGAUGCRAGCACCUCUGUGUGCUUGUAAAGUUGUAAAGUCCUUUUCAAAGCAGAGUUAGAUUUAUUUGUGGUUAAACCUGAAUCUGUCACGACGACUGUUGAUGAUGAGCAGUUCACUACGUACCCUCUGUGGAAAGUUAAAGGCUGCUAUAUUUGUAUUUUUAAAAGAAACUGAAAUAGCAAUAGUUACUUCUUCUCUCUAUGUGAUUUGGACCAGUCAGUUCAUAGGAUGCAUAUGUAAGUAGGUACUGUGGUUGUAGGGGUCAAUGGUAUGUUCAGUGGUCUUUCUGUACUCCUAUAAAAAGAAAACUGUCAAAYACAAUGAAAAAACUCUACUCUGUGAAAGUUUAUUCAAAUCAUAAUGAGCAACAGAAAUUAAGCAGAUUUGAAGUUUUCAACAAACAAACA